AUGUUGCGACGACCAACCGGUGCAUCCGAAUUUCGCAGUACACGCAUCCCUCCAGCGCAAAUCGUCGAGGAGAGCAUCAAGAAAGGCAAAAAAGAGGACAAUGGCAAUCUCUACUGGACACAAAGCCACGCAGGACGACGGUCGCGCAAGCAUGGCUGUCUGGUGCUGAUGAUCGGGAUCAUCGCUGGCCUGUUGCUGGGCACUUUGCGAGUCGGGUUGGAGCUGUUCAGCUACUUCAAAGAACAAGGCAAAUACUGUCUUGUACUGGAGGAUCACUUCGAUGGCCCGCUCAACACGUCGCUCUGGGUUCCAGAAGUGUCGGUGGGCGGAAAUGGCAACGGCGAGUUCCAAUGGACCACAGACUCGCCAAAAAACGCGUAUACCGAGGACGGCAUGCUUUACAUUGUGCCCACGCUCACUGCCGACGCUAUCGGAGAAGCCAACGUGUACGACGGCUAUACUGUCAACUUGACCGCCGACGGCACCUGUACAACCAACGAGGUCAAGUGGACCAAGAUAGACAAAAAGGUCCCUAUGCAGGUGGCUAUCAACAGCACACACACCAACUGUAUUGCACGCAGCAACGCAACCCUGGGCACUGUAAUCCCUCCGAUCCAGAGUGCGCGCUUGACAACAAAAGGAACUGCUGCUAUCCGCUAUGGUCGUGUCGAAGUGCGAGCGCGCAUGCCCACUGGUGACUGGCUCUGGCCGGCAGUUUGGAUGAUGCCUCGUGACAGUGUCUACGGUGAAUGGCCGCGAUCUGGUGAAAUCGACAUUUUCGAAAACGACGGAAACCAGCCAAAGUCACGAUAUGAUGUGCACAGCAACGCAAUGCGCAGUACACUACAUUUCGGCAUCGAUGCUGCUCACAAUCUACAGAGCCACUGGAGGGGGAUUCGCCUCCUCUGGCGAAAGUACUUCAACGAAGAGUUCCACACAUUCGGGCUCGAGUGGGACGAGCACGGCAUCUGGACAUGGGAAAACACACGCAACUAUAGAGUCCUCAAUAAGAAGUUCCACAAUUUUGCCAUUGAUCGCCAGCCCAUCCAGCGCGAUGACAAAGGCGCCAUCAUCCCGCCGCCGAAUCCGUGGCUGACGGCGAACAACAAGGCUGCCCCCUUCGAUCAGUACUUCUACCUGAUCAUGAAUGUUGCCGUCGGUGGUACGGGUGGCUACUUUACCAACGGUCCCUGGUCCAAUUCGGACCCUAAUGCUCAGCGUGCCUUUAUCGAAGCCAAAGACAAAACCUGGGGACCUACUUGGCCGAAUGAUCCCAAAAGGCGUGGUAUGGCUGUAGAUUACGUCAAGAUGUGGCAGCGUUGUGGUUAG